AUGGAUGGAUGGUCACGGUCGAUGGAUGGACGCCCACAAGACGGGCCACGAGCCAUGGCCGACGAGCUGAGUGGUCUUGGACGGGCUGCGCUCCUUGCCGCCGCCGCAGUGCGCGUGUGCGAGACGAGACGAGGGGGGAAGCGGCGGUCCUGCGCGCGGUCCGCUCGGUACCUUGCAGAAAGGUGUGUGGUGAAACAGGAGGACGAGAGAAGUGCGGCGUGGUUUAUUGAAGACGGGCUUCAGCGAAAAGAGGGCCAUUUAACUUGUGUGAGACGAGCUGCGGUGCAGAAGUCUCGCGUUGAUUACAGGCCCGGGAGGAAGCGAGAUGGAGGACAGACAGACAGACCGCGCGAGACGCUGGAACUAUGGCAUGAGGGCAGGAUACGACAAUUGGCGUGGAUGAACACCAACACUGUAAGUUGGUUCAAGCACAGGGCAGCAGACGACGGCGGGCCGUGCAUUCGUCGCCGUGGCGGUGCUGUGCUUGCUACGUACGUACUCCCGUUUGUCAAUCCAGGGAUGCCCCCUCGGGUUGACGCAGAUUUUGGGAGGGGGUGGACGUGA